UCAGUAAUCUCAUGGCUGAAAUAUGUUGUUUUAGUGGUUAAACAUUGCUUUGGCACAUCCUACGAAUGAUGUCUUAGCCUGCGAAACCAGUUCUCAGAGUACAAUCUCGGAAUACAGCUACUGAUAUACUCAACAAGCUGUUUCAUCCUCAGACGGAGAAAUGUCAUUGUUUGGCUUGAAGCAGUUCAAGUGCUUUCAACUUCAAAGGCUUCUGAUCCUUGUACUUUUGGCAUUCACUGCUAUAGUUUUUAUUGAAUAUACAUCCAAUUCCAAUUCAUGCACCUUGAAAGACUUUCAGCAUGAUGUGGACAGCACCAGGAGCCAGUACUGCAAAGAAGAAUUUUAUACACUUUUUAGCCUCAGACCAAAACAAGGUGAGCUAAAUUGUUCCAAGAUAAUUAAGGGGGAUUCUGAUGCGGUCAAAAGAGGAAAACAGUUCAAUGCUGUUAUAAACAAGACAACAGACAAUUUAAAUGAAAUAAUGUAUUUAAACUUAACUAGAGACUGCCGCUACUUUAAAGAAUUCAGGAAAUACAUUACUAUUCCUAUGAGCAAGGAAGAAGAGGACUUUCCCAUUGCUUAUUCCAUGGUUAUUCAUGAGAAAAUAGAGAUGUUUGAGCGGCUUUUGCGAGCGAUUUACGCACCUCAGAAUAUUUUUUGUGUUCAUGUGGAUGAAAAAUCUCCAACGCAGUUCAAAGAGGCCGUGAGAGCCAUCACCUCAUGCUUUGAUAAUGUGUUUAUAGCAACUAAACUGGAGAGGGUGGUCUAUGCAUCAUGGUUAAGAGUGCAGGCUGAUCUCAACUGCAUGGAUGACCUACUGAGAAGCAAUGUUAAGUGGAGAUACUUGCUUAACACCUGUGGGACAGACUUUCCUUUGAAGACAAAUGCUGAGAUUGUCAGAGUUCUGAAAGUAUUAAAUGGAAAAAAUACUAUGGAAUCUGAGAGGCCAUCAGAUAUGAAAAAGUGGCGUUGGAAGCAUCAUUUUGAAGUUGGUGAUCAUAUUUCACGGACUGCUACUGAGAAAGGACCAUUACCAAUUUCUAGUCCAAUAUUUACAGGGAGUGCUUACUUUGUGGUAUCCAGAGACUUUGUACAGUACAUAUUUGAAGAACCACAAGUACAAAAGUUUAUAGACUGGGUCAAAGACACUUAUAGUCCAGAUGAACAUCUUUGGGCUACUUUAAAUAGAAUGCCUGGUGUUCCGGGUUCCUCUCCCUACAGUGGCAAGUAUGACCUGACAGAUAUGAAUGCAAUGGCUAGAAUGGUAAAGUGGGCAUAUAGUGCAGGGGACAUAAACAAAGGAGCUCCCUACCCUAUUUGCACUGGAACUCAUAAGCGGUCUGUAUGUGUGUAUGGGACUGGGGAUCUAAACUGGUUACUCAAGCAACAUCACCUGUUAGCCAACAAAUUUGAUUUGGAUGUAGAUGAUGCUGCUAUACAUUGCAUGGAAGAAUAUUUAAGAUAUAAAACUGUUUUCAGGAAAGAUCUAUAAUGUUCAACCAGGUUAAAAGGUAAACUUAAAUCCUUGA